AUGGGACAUAAACCCUUUGGAACUGAAUUAGAUCAUGACUCGUUUUUGGAUGAUAAUAAUCGACUUGUACUUGUUGUAUGUGAUCCCGUUAUUACGAAUACGUUCGAACGACACGUUGCCAAACAACGAACUAGUUUUUAUGUUUUAGAAGAUGAAAAACUUCCCAUAGGUUCCGUGCCAUUGAACAUGCUUCAAAAUAGUGUUACUGAUUAUUUAAUUCGUAAAAAAGUUAUAUUGAACAAACAAAAAACAUUUUACACCAUGACUGAAGAAGAAUUAAUUCUUAAUCGCUUGCAAAAUAUAGUCGAUAUAGAACAACAGAAUAUGAAUAUUUGUCCAACACAUCGUUAUACAUAUGGUACCGGUUUUCGGAUAGACAAUCAUUGUUACCAUCCAGAUCAUCAGAAGGAAAGACAAUCGAAAAAGAAAACUUAUAAAGUUGCAACAUUACAACAAUGCAAUAAUAUUCCGUCGUUUCCUAUUAGUGGUACACUAUGUUCGAAAUAUCACACUAAAAUGUAUGCGCAAGAUAAUCUCACGACUAUUUCACAACCGUCGAUACCGAACAUUAUCAAGUCUGCACCAGGUUCUACUGCUUCUGUAGCAAGUGCUGAGGAACGUGUGACAAGUCGAGAAACAGCUAAUAGUCUACUAGCAUUUGGCUGCACACGUCACGCUGUUAAAGCUGCAAGAAGUUUACGUGGAUCGACUACUACUCCAUUACAACCUGAAUCUCAUGAAUCAAUUAUAUGUUCGCGUAUCGAUCCGUCACUUACAGAACACUUCAUUAGCUGGUUAAUUGAAACGGAUCUGAUGGCCUCAGUACUUUGGGGAUAUAGUCAGUUGCAACUUGACAGUAGUGGAAAAUUGUCAAUUCCAAAGCAAAUCAUUCAAGCAAAAAAGUCUCACGUUAUAUUACAAUACAAACAACAUUAUCUUGAAAAUAAUUUUACACGAUUAUCAGAUCGACAAUUUAAACAUGGAAGAACAGAAAACUUUAUCCGGUAUGGUCGAUUUUGCCAAAGCGGCAAGAGACGUGAAAAAUGCGAUCAUGAACAUACUUAUUAUUGUAAAGAUUGCAUCCAAAUGGCUGGUUUAUUAGACAACAUCGUUGCGUGUAUUCAUGAACUUACCAAUACCGAAGAGAAAAAUGAAGUAUUAUAUGAUUUUAAUCAAGCGCGCAAGGCAAUCAUCGAACAAUGUCGGCAUGUAUUACGUUCGGUUCAACAAGACGCAGCAAAAGCCGAAGAUAUCAAAAGUUUGGAUGAAGAAACAGCAUAUCUCACCAUCGACUGGGCGCAGAAGGUCUUCUUCAAGAGUUUAGAGAAGGACAAUCGAAAUAUUUUGGAAAACGGGGGAUGUCCGUUUUGGUUGCAUCCUUCAUAA